CCCUGGGCCCCGCAGGAAAUUGGGGAGGGCCCUGGCCUAGCUUGGCGGGAGGGGGAGCAGGGAUGCAACUGAGGGCAGAGUCCGGGAGGGCUUGGCUCCCAGGGAAUGAAUCCUCCGCCUUCUCGGGUGGAAACCUUUAAAUACGGGCUCGGGCCCGGGACUCAGGGUGUGGCCCCUGGCAGCCCGAGAAGGGUGUGCGGUGAGGGAAGAUCAGACGGAGCAGGGCGCGAGUGCUGAAGCUGCGGCUGCGCGGCCCAGAGCGAGGAGCUGUCCGAGCCGGGGGGAUAGAAGCGGUUGCAGCGCUCCGUGCCUGGAAGUGGUCCAGCCAUGUUUGAAAUUAAGAAGAUCUGCUGCAUUGGUGCAGGCUACGUUGGUGGACCCACGUGUAGUGUCAUUGCUCACAUGUGCCCUGAAAUCAGGGUGACGGUUGUUGAUAUCAAUGAAUCAAGAAUCAAUGCAUGGAACUCUCCUACACUUCCUAUUUAUGAGCCAGGACUAAAAGAAGUGGUAGAGUCCUGUCGAGGAAAAAAUUUAUUUUUUUCUACCAAUAUUGAUGAUGCCAUUAAGGAAGCUGAUCUUGUGUUUAUUUCUGUGAACACACCAACCAAAACCUAUGGAAUGGGAAAAGGCCGUGCAGCAGAUCUGAAGUAUAUUGAAGCUUGUGCUAGACGCAUUGUGCAAAACUCACACGGGUACAAAAUUGUGACUGAGAAAAGCACAGUCCCAGUGCGGGCAGCAGAAAGUAUUCGUCGAAUAUUUGAUGCAAACACAAAACCCAACUUGAAUUUACAGGUGCUGUCCAACCCUGAGUUCUUGGCAGAAGGAACAGCCAUUAAGGACCUGAAGAACCCAGACAGAGUACUGAUUGGAGGGGAUGAAACCCCAGAAGGCCAGAGAGCUGUACAAGCACUAUGUGCUGUGUAUGAGCACUGGGUUCCCAGAGAAAAGAUCCUCACCACUAAUACUUGGUCUUCAGAACUUUCCAAACUGACAGCAAAUGCUUUUCUGGCCCAGAGAAUCAGCAGCAUUAACUCUAUAAGUGCCCUCUGUGAAGCAACAGGAGCUGAUGUAGAAGAGGUGGCCACAGCCAUCGGAAUGGACCAGAGGAUUGGAAGUAAAUUUCUGAAAGCCAGUGUUGGUUUUGGUGGGAGUUGCUUUCAAAAGGAUGUUCUGAAUUUGGUUUAUCUCUGUGAGGCUCUAAAUUUGCCUGAAGUAGCUCGUUAUUGGCAGCAGGUUAUAGACAUGAAUGACUACCAGAGAAGGAGGUUUGCUUCUCGGAUCAUAGACAGUCUGUUUAAUACAGUGACAGAUAAGAAGAUAGCUAUUUUGGGGUUUGCUUUCAAAAAGGACACCGGUGAUACAAGAGAGUCAUCUAGUAUAUAUAUUAGCAAAUAUUUGAUGGAUGAAGGCGCACACCUCCAUAUAUAUGAUCCAAAAGUACCAAGGGAGCAAAUAGUUGUAGAUCUUUCUCAUCCAGGAGUUUCGAAGGAUGACCAAGUGGCCCGGCUCGUGACCAUUUCCAAAGAUCCCUAUGAAGCCUGUGAUGGUGCCCAUGCUGUUGUGAUUUGCACUGAGUGGGACAUGUUUAAGGAACUGGAUUAUGAACGCAUUCAUAAAAAAAUGCUGAAACCAGCCUUUAUCUUUGACGGACGACGUGUCCUGGAUGGGCUCCACAAUGAACUACAAACCAUUGGCUUCCAGAUUGAAACAAUUGGCAAGAAGGUGUCUUCAAAGAGAAUUCCAUAUGCUCCUUCUGGUGAAAUUCCAAAGUUUAGUCUUCAGGAUAUGCCCAACAAGAAACCCAGAGUAUAGACAUUGCCAUUUUUAUUUGGAACUUUUUUGGUACUUCAAGAUAGCAAAUAUCUAUCUGAUAGUAAAUGAUAAAUGAACCAAGUGCUUUUAAGGAAACAAAACUAUUUUUUUAAUAAUCAAAUUUAUACUAGCUAUAUGGGAAUUAGCAUAUCUGAUAAUUAUGAAACUAGAAUUUUUUUACGUAUUUUUAUAAUAUUGUUACCUCAGUGAUUGGAUGAGUAGCAAAUAAUCAUGUUGGUUUUAAUGGUGUCGAUUUUUGUAAAAUUAAACUUCAAACACUUUUUACUUUAGAAAAUAUCUUUAGGCAGCACUUCAAAAUCGAAUGGUAACGGGAGUGACACUCCUCAGUUUUUCUGAUCAGUGGUUUAUCUACUUGUCAUUAAGUAUGUAUUUUCACUGCUGGAGUAGGAAGUGACUACUCACUCCAGUACUCUUGCAUGAGAAGUUCUAUGGACAUAGGAGCUUGGCCGGCUACAGUCCAUGGGAUUGCAACAGAGUCAGACACAACUUAGUGAUUAAACCACCACCCCAUGUAUUUUCUGCCAUGAAAUGGCUGUGCUAAAUACUGGGCUAAACCUGUUAACCUUUCCAAUAGUGUCAUGGAGAUUUAAAGUUUUCUGGAUUAAUUGGGUGAGGUGUGUUCCAUGCCAUUUCUUGUCUCCCUGAACUGAGGAGGGUGCCAUGGACAGAAUGUGGCCUUUGUGCUUUUUUUCCGCCUAUGCUUCCACGUUGGAAGUAACCCUACAGGUCUGGUUUGGUUAUUGUUCUUUUGCUUCUUUUGUUUUAAUGGGCUGUAUCGAUGGUUUCUUGAGUCCACUGCCCAUUUCCAAUCAAUUCAAAUAAGACUAAACGGUAAUCUUUUUUUAAAAAAACAUGAAGAAAAAAAUCAGUGUAGUGAAAUGAAAGUCUGUAUCAUUCCUUGUUUUUCCUCACUGAUCAUUGUUUUUUAGUCUAAAAGCCCAAACUAUGUUACUUUUACUUGGUAUUUUAUUCCUGUGACUUACUGCAGUUUCUCCCAUUUUAAGUAAUAAAAUCAAUAUAAUCUCAUACAUAAAUUUACAGUAGUAGAUUUUACAAGUUAAUGUAUAGCAUAAUCCUAAAAUAAGGAAUUUUGUGUUUUCAUCUGCUUUUUUUCUUAUGUCUCUUGUUGACUUAUAUUUGAUUUUCUCUUGUGUUUAUCAUUAUUGAAAUAUGUCCAUUUGAUGCUUGUGCUCUGCCGAGAGUAUACAAAUUGAGUUAAACAGAUACAAAUCUCAUCCUUUAGGAAUUUUGCAGUUCAAUAAUAGAGAUAAAGAUGAGGACAGAGACAUCUGUACAGAUAUCAAAUACAUAAAUAAAAUAUUCUUCAUAA